GAAACGACAGCUGCGGCCGCGGGGCUGGCGCCGCCCCGCUCCACUCCCCACGUCAGCCCCCGCCCCUCCCGCCCGGCGCCCCAGCCCGGCCGCGGCGCCCCCGCCUACCCGCUAGGUCAGCCGCCGGCAGCUCCGCCCGGCUGCCGCGCAGCAUGAACAUUAUGGACUUCAACGUCAAGAAGUUCGCGGCCGACGCGGGCACUUUCCUCAGCCGUGCGGUGCAGUUCACAGAAGAAAAGCUUGGCCAGGCAGAGAAGACAGAAUUGGAUGCUCACUUAGAGAACCUUCUUAGCAAAGCUGAAUGUACCAAAAUAUGGACAGAAAAAAUAAUGAAACAAACUGAAGUGUUAUUGCAGCCAAAUCCAAAUGCCAGGAUAGAAGAAUUUGUUUAUGAGAAACUGGAUAGAAAAGCUCCAAGUCGUGUAAACAACCCAGAACUUUUGGGACAAUAUAUGAUUGAUGCAGGGACUGAGUUUGGCCCUGGAACAGCUUAUGGUAAUGCUCUUAUUAAGUGUGGAGAAACACAAAAACGAAUUGGAACCGCAGACAGAGAGCUGAUUCAUACAUCAGCUUUAAAUUUUCUCACUCCUUUAAGAAACUUUAUAGAAGGAGAUUAUAAAACAAUUGCUAAAGAAAGGAAGCUACUACAAAAUAAGAGACUGGACUUGGAUGCUGCAAAAACCAGACUAAAAAAGGCAAAAGCUGCAGAAGCUAGAGCUUCACAACUAAACUCAGCUCACCUUGAAGGAGAUAACAUGGUAAAUUUCUCUUACAUGCUCAAUUUCCUGCAUGUAAAAUGGCUAAAGAUUUGGGCAGAGGAAGUGACAAAAUCUGAACAGGAAUUAAGAAUAACUCAAAGUGAAUUUGAUCGUCAGGCAGAGAUAACCAGACUUCUGCUAGAAGGAAUUAGCAGUACACACGCCCAUCACCUCCGCUGUCUGAAUGACUUUGUAGAAUCCCAGAUGACUUACUAUGCACAAUGUUACCAGUACAUGUUAGACCUUCAGAAACAACUGGGAAGUUUUCCGUCCAGUUAUCAUUGUAACAACAAUCAGACUUCCGUGGUACCUGUACCAGCUGCUUCAUCAAAUGUGAUUGGUUCUUCUGCCAUGACUUCAAGUGGCCUAGUAAUGACCUCUCCUUCCAAUCUUACUGACCUUAAGGAGGGCAGUGGCAGCAGGAAGGCCAGGGUUCUGUACGAUUAUGAUGCUGCAAACAGUAGUGAAUUAUCACUUCUUGCAGAUGAGGUGAUCACUGUGUACAGUGUCGUUGGAAUGGAUUCAGACUGGCUAAUGGGAGAAAGGGGAAAUCAGAAGGGCAGGGUGCCAAUUACCUACUUAGAACUGCUCAAUUAAAUAGGUGGACUAUGGAAAGAUUAUCCAUCUUGACACCGUAUUUAUAUACAAUUAACUCUAAGUAAAGCAGGUUUAGUAUCUUCCAUGUUAAUGUCUUAAAGAGACUGAAAAGAAAAUACCAGCGAUCGGAAACCGGCUUCCUGCCAAUAAAAUUGCAUGGUAACUAUUUCAUUACAAAAUUUAUGUUAGAGCUUUCCUGCCAAGAAUGUUUUCUUACAAAAUUCUCUUUCUACUGAGGUUUCACUAAUAAGCAGCUUCUACUUUUGAGCCCCAACUUAAAACAGAAGAACUGUUUUCUACUGAAUUUUUCAUUAAUGGCAAACUUUUUCUUUUCUGUAAAAUAAAUUUAUUGUGAAUUGA